AUGUCUGGAUACAGAAAGUGGCUCAGCCCAGACUCUGGGGACGCUGACCCCACCCUCCCCUCUCGCUCUCUGGGCGGAGGCCGACAGAACCGGUGGAAGGACCUGGUUCUGGGUGUGUCCAUCCUGAUGGCGCUGGGCGGCUGCUGGUUCGCCUACGUUCAGACCAGGAAGUCCAGAGACGACCUGGGUCAGCUGAUGAAGGACCUGGAGGGUCUGCAGAGGGCCGAGCAGAGUCUGAUGGACCUGCAGGAGAAUCCCGUCAGCAUCAUCGUCCAUCAGUUUGUGGAUGCUGCAGAUCGCUUCGAAACUCAGCAGAGAGUUCUCGUCCUGACAGAGCUGCUGGUCUAUCACACACAGAACAACUUACUCAGUCUAACUCCUCCUCCCUCUCCUGCAGCUCAGAGUCUGAUGCCCCUGCGACAGAGGAUAGGAGACCCCGCUCUGGCGUUCAGCUCUCAGAGGGACAUCAUGAACCGCUCAGACUCUGACUCCGCCCUCCCUCUCUCUCACAGCGAAUCACAAGGCUUGUACGGCUCCAAGCCCUUCCUUCAUUCAUCCAGGCUCCACCCCCUGCAGGGUCAGGGCUCCGGGCUCGGUGGAGGAGCAGUAGGAGGCCUGGAGAAGAGCUCCAGCCUCGGGGAGCUGAGGGGCAACCCCGCCACCACCGCCCUCGCCUCCUCCUGCUCCACCCGCUCCCUCUGCAUCACGUCCGACACCGCCGAUGGACCGCUCGUGUUCUCGUCCUCCGCCUCGUCCAGCUCGUCUGGCAGCGGUCGCGGGAUGGCCGUCCAGCACCCGACCAGGAGGAGUCCCGUGGAGCAGGAUGGCGGUGAGGAGAGCGAGUCGUCCGGCAGCCGGAGGAGAAACGCUUUCAAUAAGAUCUUUAAAAAGAAGCAGGGACGCCACUGAACCGGAGUCUCAAAACUUACAAACCUGCUUCUGUCUCACCACGAGAUCUUCAUCGUGAUGAACGAAACAAACGCUCACAGGGAACAUCAGCUUUUAACGCUUCACUCAUCCGCCUUUUACUUCUCUCUCCGUUAAACUGAGGAAAGAUUCAGACUGAAGACGACACAGCUUACAGCGGCACAAACCAACGAAGAAGACCAAGAGGAGGACUGAACAAGUUCUUCUUCUUGAAGAGAAACUGACCCAACGUUUCUAAAACAAACGAGAUGAUCUUCUCGCUGGAUGUAGAUUUAGUAAAAAUAUGUUGUUUCAGCUUCUUAAAGUUUGACCAUUUUUAUGCCAAAGAGUUUUCUGUCUCUCUGUCGGGGUUGAAAACUCUCCAAAGACCAGAUUUAAAACCUCACAUAGCUUCUUCCUCCUGUUGAAAGGUGCGAGCCAAUCAGCCUGCAGCCUGUUUCGAUGACACGUCGUCCAAUAACUGAGCUACUGAAAUACACAGAGACAACUUUCCCGCUCUGGUUCAGACCAAACUCCUCCCUGUGGACCACCACAGGACCGUAUCUCAGAAACAAUAUGUCCGAUAGUGAACGGCUGUGUGCCGUGAGUUCAAUAUAUGACUCCUGUCAAUUUAAAAAAUACUUUUAAGUCAAGAAAGUUUCCGAUUGUCUGUAAACUGUAAGAAAAUUACAUAUUUCUCUCUCCACAAGCUAACGUCAACCAGAGCCGAGGUUAUUAGUUCAUUAGUUAGUUCACUAAAACUAAAACUAGCUGAGAGAAAACAGUUGGUGUCGGUGUAAAUGUUUGAGACUGUGAGUUUAUGUGUUUGUUCUGUUCUACCGAUUGUGCAAACAAACAAACUGAAACUGAACUGAAGAUAAAAAUAAAAGUAACUGAACAAUAUAAAGCUAUAAUAACUGAUGAACAGCUGAUUAAACACAUCCGGUGAGAAAGCAUAAAGACGGCGACCACGUUGGUGCUAACCUGAAUUUAAAUGUUUCUGCGACAAACUGCAACUUUCUUGUCUUGAAAAAAAACAUUUUCUUUUUAAUUUUUGGCACAAAAACCGGAUUCCAAAAUCAUUUGUCUCUCGUCUUUCUACCGUAUAGUAGUUUGAAUAAAGAACCUGGACAUAGAUUAGCUUAGCAUAUAGCAUAUCUAAGUACAGGAAAGGAGGAAGUAGACUGAGACUUGCUCUGAUUGGACCACACAGCAGAAAGGGGCGGGGCUUCUGAAGGGUUUGUAGUAUGGAUGAGGAGCUGGUAGUUAGUGGGAAGUGUUUUACUGUCACUGUAGUUUCUUUCUGUUCGCUCAGUAUAAGAAGAUAAUUGUGGGAAUUAGCGGUGUGGUGUUAGAGUUUUAACCGUCACACGGCCGACAACUGUCUCGAGUUCUCUGAUGACAACUGAACGCAUCACGAAUGCUUCAAAAUUAGACGAUCCAAAGCUAACGGUGCGUUCAGGCGCUCAUUGUUGAAACGUAAAGUCAACAAUUUCCAAGUUUCCCUUAAAAAGAAACUGAGGAUGUUAAACUGGGAUCAGUUCAAUCACCUGAAUGCACCGUUGAGCAGGUGACCGGUGUGCAGUGCAUUGUGGGAAACUGAACCUUCGAGACAGACCGUGUGUGUCAGGUGCAUGAUGGGAACUCACAUAUUGUUGUGUAAGUGUUUUUGUUACAUAUUGUACAUAUCAGAGUUCAUUAUGGGAUUAUUGUUCUUCUGAUGCUGCAGUCUGCGAGUGUGAUCAGAUCAAUAACCUUGUUUAUGGUUUAAAGGAUCAUUUUAGACUGUUGUAUUUUGUGUUGCAACUAUUAGUCGAGCAAUGAGUCGAUUGGAAGAAAAUUAAUCGUCCAAACAAUUCUCUGAUUCUGGUUUUAUUGUUAUAAACUGAAAAUAAACUGUUAAAUAAAGACGAUGUUGGAAGAACAACU